AUGAGUGGGAACGGAGACCGCUCAACAUGCGACGUGACGUACGUCUUCGGCUCCUCUCAAACAUCGCCAGGAGGCAAUGGUGAAGGGUGCCCCGGGCGAAGCCAGAACCAACGUGACAUGUACGAUGACAGCGCGCCAGCGCCACGCCCACAUGCCACAAUCCACAUCCCGGGGACCGCCCGGCGUCGGCGUCGACGCCAGCCAGGCCAUCGAGGCUUCGCAAACCUCGUCCUCAUCCACCGGGCCGACAUGUCCAGACUCUCGCAUGCCCUCACGACCACCAGGUCAGGCCUCCCUGGUCCUACGGCGCACUAG